AUGCUAACGGAUACCAUAGUGGAAGGCUGUACAUCUGAUGAGUUACGGAAGCAGAUCUUGCAGAAAGAUCGUUCAGUGGAAGAAAUUGAGGAAAUCGGAAAAUCGCUAGAGGGAGUUCAGAAGCAGUUAAAAGAUUUCGGAUCCACCCGAGAGGACUACAAGCAACAUGAGCGAGUAUACAACAUUCAAGCGAAACGACGAUAUCAGCCAAGUAAACCAAAGGUGGAGUUUCAAACAAAGAUCAAAACUCCAGAGAUGAAGUGCUUUAAAUGUGGAUUUUUUGGCCAUAUAUCAACUGAUACUCGAUGUCCGGCCAGAGGUAAAUUGUGUAACCGGUGCAAGAAGAUAGGACACUUCGAAGCCAAAUGCCGUAUGCAAAUUAGAGCAGUUUAUCGAAGAAAAGAUGAUACAGUAGAAGCCAAAAAGAUUCAAGUAGUCGAGCAUGCGGUGGAUCAGGAUCAGAACAGACGAGGAACAAAUGCUACAACAACAUCGGCAAUCAUUCCAGCGAAAACUUAUUACGCUUUCUAUUCGGGGAAUGAAUCGAAUGUGGUAACAUGUAUAAUCGGUGGAGUCUCGCAUAAGAUGUUGGUAGACUCUGGAGCGGAGGCCAACCUGAUAACUGACGAAGCCUGGGAAAAGCUGAAAUCUGCUGGAAUCGAAGUGAUUAGCUGUAAAAAAGGGAGUGAUCGGAUGCUGAAGAGCUAUGCCAAUAAUAUCCCACUCACGGCGCUGGGAACAUUUGAAGCUAUCGUGAGCGUUGGAGCAAAAUCCGUGAAGGCGGAGUUCUUUGUAAUCAAAGGAGGUCAAUGA